GCCAGCGUGUGUGUGUUUGACGCCUGGACACACUUCAAGGACAGAGGGCUACACCGUGGACUGGCCGACUGGAGUAAAAGUGCACACAAAGGACUCUCUUUUAAAAACCUUUUCGACAUUACAAUUGCAGAAGACAAAGAGUGCUUUUUCAAAAGAGAUCCUUGCUGUUAUAGUCAUGCCUCAAAGAGAACCAAUCAUUCUGCUGCUCUGGAGCUGCUUCUGUUCCCUGCUCCUCAACCAAUCCCAGGGUCAAGGUGUGUCAUUCCUCUCUUCUCCUACUGGGAAUUGCACGUGCAACAUGACAAACAGCCGGUGUGACGAGAAUGAGGUGUGCAGGUGUGAUCCGGGCUGGGAGGGCCCGCUGUGUGACAUGUGUGUCAUCAUGCCAGGCUGUGUCCAUGGCUCCUGCCACCAACCCUGGCAGUGCAGCUGUGAGCCGGGAUGGGUAGGACGCUUCUGUGACAAAGAUAUACAUGUGUGCUCGAGGGAGGAGCCUUGUCAAAAUGGAGCCACUUGUUUCACCAAUGACUCAGGAGAAUACUCUUGCCUCUGUCCUGAUGGCUUCCAUGGCAGGAACUGUGAGCUGAAAACAGGACCUUGUCAGAAAACCAGGUCGCCAUGUAAGAACGGCGGACUGUGUGAGGAUGAUGGUGGCUACGCUCCCGAGCUCUCAUGCCGCUGCCUGGCAGGCUUCACGGGCCGCCACUGCGAAACCAACAUGGACGACUGCUUGAUGCGCCCUUGUGCCAACGGUGCCACCUGCCUGGAUGGCAUCAACCGCUUCUCCUGCCUCUGUCCAGAGGGCUUCGCCGGCCGCUUCUGCACCAUUAACCUCGACGACUGUGCGAGCCAGCCCUGUGUGAAUGGCGGGCGGUGCCUGGACCGCGCCAGUACCUUCCACUGCCUCUGCCUGCCGGGUUUUACAGGCAGGACCUGUGAGGUGCCGCUGAGGGACCAGGGCUCCGCCUCUCAGAGCCCCGACUCCCACGCCUCCAUCAGGAACUCUCACGGCUGGGCAGGGGGCGGAGGGGGCCAGGGCGGAGUGACGCCGCAGCAGCCCACCUCGGGGAACCAUUCCCGGGGGGCCGCCAGUGGAGGGGACAGGCUGUUCAAGAUUAAAGAGGUGGUGACUCAGCGUGGCUCAACAGGCCUGUCGGAGGUGCAGCUCAUCGUGCUGCUGGUGCUGGGGGGCAUGACGCUGGCCGUGGUGGCGCUCACCGCCGGGCUGGUGCUCAGGGGGCACUGGCAGGACCACUGUGCCCGCUGCCGCUGUGGCACUCCCUCCCAGCUGAACCAGUGCCCGACGCAGAGUCAUUCAGUCACUGGGGAGCCGGAGUGUAAGAUUAGCUUUCUGCAUACCCCGCCGGCUCCAGAGUUAGAAAAGAAGAGACUGAACACUGAAGUGAUAUAGGUUCAACCCCAGGUCACUGCUACCACAGACGGGGAAAGCCAGACUUUUAAUCACUGGCCCUGCCUCAAUGACCAACUGGAGUCAUUGGAGAGGUGGAGGACCAUGGGGAGAUCACCCUGUCUGUUCAUGGGUGAACAUUGGGACACGCUGUGACAAGGAGGCAUAGCCCUAAUGGAGUCUUGGUCUAGUCCCACAAUAGUCCUGAUGAAGUCCUGGUCUAGUCCCAAUGUUGUUCUGGGCCAGUCCUGAUACUGUACAGUCCUGGCCUUGUACUGAUGAAGUGGAUUAUUGCUGAACAACAGGGCGAAGGCAGGAUAGAGAAAAAACCCUGGGAUACUGAGAUCCAUGUAUGUCUUCACUGCAAAUCCAUAGGACAUGUCUCAAAUCUUCAUCAGUCUGCUGAUGCUCAACAUUAGGACGGGUAUCUUCAUAUUAUUAUCCAAGAAGAAACAAGAUCCACCAGUUAGUUUUCUUGAUAAAGUUAAUCUUGACAACAUGUCAGGCCAAAAUGGAAUUUCUGGUUUUCCACUGUUGAGAAACAUGCCCUUGAAUAUAAAACUUGAAUAAUAAACUCGAUAUUCAGCAGUGUUGAAUUCAAAUCAGGAGGCAUGGGAAAUAUAACAUUAUGUACAGGCUUUAUGUGUAUGUACUUUUAAUAUGUCUGAUGAAAGUACUCCAACAAGUUAGAUGAUAAGAUGCAUUUUGCUGUUUUGUUCAAGUUGUACAUUGAUCAAGUAUUUUUGUAUCGAAGUUGUCAGUAGUAAAAACACAUUGUGUUCUGUUUAUCGCUUUAUGUUGUACACAGUAUUUUGUUUAACAAAAAGUGUUAAUGUAAUUUAUUUAUGUAAUUUAUUCAUGUUCAAUGUAUGUGACCUAUUUUGCAAUGAGUCUUAUUUUUUAUACAUAAUUCUGUGCAAUAAAUGUCUUGACCGUA